CGUAAUGUAUGUAUACGUAUAUCAGACAAUAGACCCAAGUUGUCUUAGAAAAACCAAUUUCAAAAACUGAAACAUGUAAGAUAAUGAAACUUUAGAAAGAUCCCAUCUUGCGGAGCACGAUGGAUGUUUAUUAGAAUGUACAACUAAGAAGUGCAGAUGAUAUGAAAAGGACAAUUGCAAAAUCUUAUUAUAACUAUAAUAAUCAGACUGCUUCUUUAAGUCAAAAUUAUUAUAUACUUUGUAUAUCAUAUGUUAAGUAAAUGAUUACUAAUAAUAAUAGUUUUAUAAUAUACAUCCAAUACAUAAAUCGAACCCAACAACACUUAGCUACUAAUUAUUCAUCAAAUCUUAAUCAAAAAUUCUUCUCACUAAAAAUAAUGGUUAUUCCUAAUCCUAACAAUGGAAGUCGUUGGUUUUUGCUGAGUAUUUAUCUGGUGCUACUCAGCCAUGGGUUGAACACCAUAGCAGAAGAUCAGACGGUCCAUAAUAAUCAUGAUGAUAUACUUAUUGUUGAUGAUCAAAUGAUUAAUCAUCGUGAAAAUGAUGAUCCAUAAAGAACUGCUUAUCACUUUCAGCCACCUCAAUUUUGGAUGAAUGAUCCUAAUGGCCCCAUGAUCUACAAUGGAAUAUAUCACUUCUUUUACCAAUACUAUCCCAAUGAUGCUGUUUGGCACACUCAAAUUGUAUGGGGACAUUCUACAUCAACCGAUUUAAUCAACUGGACACACCAACCAAUUGUCCUUAUUCCAUCCGAAUCAUACGACAUCAAUGGAUGUUGGUCGGGUUCUGCUACCAUACUCCCCGGAAAUAAGCCUGCCAUCUUAUACACUGGUAUCGACAGUCAAGAGUACCAAGUCCAAAACAUGGCCUUACCCAAAAAUUUGUCUGACCCUUACCUUAAGGAAUGGGUUAAGGUACCUCAAAAUCCCUUAAUGGUUGGUACACCCUCUAAUGACAACAUCAAUGCUUCUGAAUUUAGAGAUCCGUCUACUGCGUGGCAACUACCGGAUGGUAAAUGGAGAGUUAUCGUUGGUACACAACAUUAUAAGCGCGGAUUAGCAGUUAUAUUUACGAGUGACGACUUCAUUACUUGGAGCAACACCGAACAUCCUCUUCAUUCAGCUGAAGGUACCGGGAUUUGGGAGUGCCCUGAUUUUUUCCCUGUUUAUGUUGGAAAGUCACUAGGUGCUGAUACAUCUGUUAUUGGUAAGGAUGUUAAGCAUGUCCUUAAAGUAAGCUUGUGGGAAACUCAAUACGAGUACUACACUAUUGGAACGUAUGACAUUGAUAAGGAUAUCUAUAUACCGGAUGAGGGAUCAAUUGAAAGUGAUCUCGGUUUGAGGUAUGAUUAUGGUAAAUUUUACGCAUCAAAGUCAUUCUUUGACGAUGUAACUAAUCGUAGAAUAUUAUGGGGGUGGGUUAAUGAAUCUUCAACCCAAACAGAUGAUAUCAAAAAGGGUUGGUCCGGACUUCAGGCAAUUCCGAGAACAAUUGUGCUUGAUAAAUCUGGCAAACAAUUAGUGCAAUGGCCACUCAAAGAAGUUGAAAGUUUACGAGAAAAUCCAGUACAAUUGAUUUCUCAAGUAAUUGGUGGUGGAUCGCUCAUUGAAGUAUCUGGAGUCACGGCCUCUCAGGCGGAUGUGGAAGUUUCGCUCAAAGUACCAAAAUUAAAGAAUGUUGAGGAAUUGGACCCAACAUGGACCAACCCACAAAUAUUGUGCAGCAGGAAAGGGGCAUCCAUUGAUGGAAAACUUGGGCCAUUUGGACUCCUAACACUUGCUUCGAUGGGCCUUGAAGAGUACACUGCGGUCUUCUUCAGAAUUUUCAAAAGCUCAAGCAAAUAUGUGGUCUUAAUGUGCAGUGACCAAAGCAGGUCUUCUCUAAAUCCAACUACUGAUAAACUAAGUUUCGGAACAUUUGUGGAUGUUGAUCCUGUCAAUGAUGAGCUAUCAUUGAGGAUUUUGAUUGAUCAUUCCAUAGUGGAGAGUUUUGGUGCAAAUGGAAACAGUUGCAUUACUGCAAGAGUUUAUCCAACACUAGCAACUAACGACAAAGCAAAAUUGUAUGUGUUCAAUAAUGGAACCGUAGAUGUUAAGAUCACUAAAUUGAGUGCUUGGAGUAUGAAGAAGGCUCAAUUCAAUCUCCCAACAAUUAUGGCUUCUCACACCAACAAGGUGGAUAAAGAAGAGUUAUAACAAUCAUAGAUUUAUAUGAUUUCAACUUAUAUGAUGAUAUUCUAUAUAUUUAAGGCGAGUUUUACACCACCUAAAUAUAUUGUUCAACUUUUAAAUGUAACUCUAAUUUAUACUAUAUGAAUUAUAUAAGUUGAGAAUCUAUUUGAUAUAGUAAA